CGGUUUGGAUUUGUGAAGUGUCGAAUGGGAUUUGGGCCGAGUUAAUCAUCUUUCAAGGCGCCAUUUUGAUUUCAGCAUCACUGAGAACAUAAACAACAGAUUAACAUCACAUCUGCAAACAGGAUAGGAAUUAUGGCAACAGCAGACGAAAAAGUUGAUAUGUCAUUAGAUGAUAUUAUAAAACUUUCCAGUCAUUCAAGGAGAGGUGGUAGAGGUGGUAGAAAUCAAGGACGUGGUGGAAGAGGGGGUAGAGGGGGCAGAGGAGGAAACAGACAAGAUGAUGGACUCCGAGGGACAAGAUAUGGAGGAGUACAGAAAGGAGGCAGAGGGCAAAGAAAUUUAAGAGGAUUAAAGAGAAACAUGGGUGCUAAAGCUUUUCAGAGACAGUUAUCAGGAGUGAGUCCACUUAAUAGACAAAAGAAAUCUGGACAACAACAGAACCAACAGCAAAAUCGACAAGGACAAGGACAGCAGCGUUAUUACUCUCAAAAUUCAUGGCAGCAACAGAACAGAAAAGGUCAAAAUAGACAAGCUGUACCAAAUCAGAGUCCAAGACAAAAUAGAAUAGGCUUACAAAAUAGACAAAGACAACAAGGUCAGGGACAAAACCAACGUCAAAAUAGACAAAUACUACAAGGUCAAGGACAGAACCAAAGUCAAAAUAGACAAAUACAACAAGGACAAAUCCCAAGGCAAAGUAUACAGCAAGGAUUCUACCAGCACGAUUCUAGACGUGGAAGAGGGCGUUUACAGGGAGGAGUUAGGAAUAACAUUAAUAAUAAUAUACAGAAUUUAUCCAAGAAAAAGACAGAAGCUUUGAAAGCACUUAAAAAAGCAAGACAAACACUUCAGAAAAUUAAUCAGCAACAAAACCAAAGACAGCCGAUUGUUGGAUUUAAACGGAAAAACAGUGUAACUACAUCUAUGGCAUCUCUGAAUGAGCAGCCUCCAAUUAAAAAAAGAAGAAGAUGGAGGAAGGCAGCUGAAGUGGAUGUGGAUGAUGGAAUACUAACAGUCAAUGUGGACAAUACAACAGUGGAACGGGGUCCUCGGGGUCCUCGACGGGGAGGCAGAAGACUUAACAGACAGGACAAUCUCAGGAAACAAAUACAGGCUUUAAAACCAUCAGAACAUAUAUCAUACAACAUGGAUAAAGAGCUGUUCUCACAACCUUCAACCAGUUUAAGCCUUAGUGAUAGAUUCAAACAAGAAGGAAGAAAGGUAUUCUUUUGAGAAUUAUAUCAGAUAGAACAGAGAAGACUGAUGUUUGUAGUUUUGGUGGAUGAUUAUUGGUGCUGGAAAGGUGUUUUGUUAGUGAUGGACCAUGUGUCAACCUUGUUAUUAAUUGACAACACAUGGUUGAUGGUGAAGAUCACGGGAAAGUUCUAGAAGAGUUUUAUAUAAACUGUUACAGGAAAUUGCUGUUCUUAUCCCAACAAAUAGGAGAUAAUUAAUCCAGAUCGGAAAUAUUUUUUUAUUUUUUUAAGUUAGAUAUUUUACCAAAGUAGGUUAAAAAUAUGAAUGGUUAGCAAUGAUUGGUUGGCAGAUCAACUUUAGUUUUAUUUUCCCAUGUUUCAUUGUCCUUCAUUAUAUUAUGUUAAUGUAACUUUAUGGAAAUAAGCAGAUAUAAGAUUUUAAAUUCAAUGAAAAAUGAAAUGAAGUAAAAUAUAUUACAAUUAUUUUGCUGUUAAAUUUUAUUAAAUAAAUACAGAUAAGAUUUGACGGACUUCCUUCCUUGUUGUGCUGGAAUCUAUGUUGACUUUUUUUACUUUGACACAUUUUACUUUUCAUAAUAUGAAGAAUUUGAAUGGAAUGGUCAAAACUGUAGUGAAAAGUUGUCUCAUUGGCAAUCAUACCAUAUUGUAUUUUUAUAUUUUCAAUAAUCUCACACAAUUUGAAAUUAUAUGUAAGCUACAUGUUGACAAAUUAUAUGUGACUUUCAUGAAGAGAAAUAUGUUUGAUAUUUUCCUAUGCUUUGAUUUGCCAAAACAAUAUCAUAUCUGGACAGCAGGUAGUUAUGUGCAUUUGUUUCUGGGAGCCAUUUAGAGUUUUUAGUCCACUAUUUGGUUAACUAAUUCCUAUUUCAAUUUUGUAAGUUACAUAAGUUGUUUCCUGUAAUUUACUUGGUCUGUUUGAAGUUUUGUGUAAGAAAGUGUGUUGAGCAGAUAAUACUUUACACUUGAUGAAAUCAUUGAACUUAAAAGUAAGUCCAAUAUUUUAUCUUAUGUUGUAAUUAUUUUCUGUUGGACCUUUUUGCAUGAAAGGACUGGUACAUUUCCUUCUUUGUUUUAAUUUGUUUACAAAUGCAGUAAGGACAAUUUCUUUCCUUUGAAAUCAGAUAUGUUAGAAACUCAGGUUUUAUUUUGCUGUUUUAUAUAUUUUUAUGGUUUGUUUAAUUGUUGCAGCUUGACUAAUUGUACUCAUGUAUAAAUGAAUGUAUUUUCAAUUUUGAAUAAUAAUUUUAUGUUAAAUUUAAUGAUGUGUGAAUGGGUUGUUGAGUUCUUGUAUGUUCUACUCUUUUUGUUCCUAACAAGGACUUAUAAAUGUAGUAAAGUUCUACUUAUAGCUCUACUGUGACAAAAGUGUACAUGUUUAAUGAGAGAAAGGACAUCAUUGUUAUCAUGAGAGAAUUGUGUACACAAUGUAAUGUGUGUUAACCAAUCACAAUGACUGGAGGUUUUAUUUAGUAUUUUAAAAUAUUCACAUAUAUCUAUCAAGAUUUAGACAAACUGUUUCUGGUAUUAAGUGCAACCAAGAAAUCAAAAUUGUUAUUACAACUGAGGGGAGAAGAAUAAUGUUUAGUAAUAUACAACCAUUUGGCUCAUCUUAUUUUCAUGGAGAUCAUUUGGCCCCUACCCUCUUUGGCCAUUGAAUCUGAAACUUUUUUCCCUAAUUUACUUGUUUGUAUUACAGUGAUCAGGUCACAUUAUGAUAAGUUACUGACAUUUGGAGGUAGUCUAAGUAGCAUUGGAACAUAUCCGAGGCGAUUAAUUGGCCUCACUCCUUCAAUCACAGGUCAUUAAUUUUGAGACCUUUGCAUAGCUUGUAUGUAUAAGUUUUAGUUUAUCAAUUAUAUCUGUUAUUUUGUUGAUAUUGGUGAUAGGACAUCAUUAGUUAUUUUAAAUAAGUUAGUUGUUGGUGUGAAUGAUAUAAAGCCAUUACAUGUGAGAAAUUAAAUAAUAAGUCUACUGAUUGUUUGAUGUUUAGAUGAUGACUAUGUAUGAUUUUGACUUUAUAAGAUAUCUUGCUUUUGUUGGUCUGAAAUAUGUGUUAUGAUAGCUAGAUACUAUAUCUACUUAACUAUAUGUAGUGAAAAAUCUUUAAAUGUGUCAUUUUUAUUUUCAGUAUUGAUGCACCAUUAAACUUAAAUCUUUUUUUUUAAUGUUAAAUAUACACAAAGGAGUAAGUUUAUUAAGGGCAAAAUUUGGCCCUGAUUAUCAUACUCAAUGUUUCAAGAUAAAAAUGUUGUCAACAAUCUAAAUAUUCAAAUAGAGCACAGACGUCAACAAUCUAAAUAUUCAAAUUGAGCACAGGUGUCAACAAUCUAAAUAUUCAAAUUGAGCACAGGCGUCAACAAUCUAAAUAUUCAAAUAGAGCACAGACGUCAACAAUCUAAAUAUUCAAAGAGAGCACAGACGUCAACAAUCUAAAUAUUCAAAUAGAGCACAGGCGUCAACAAUCUAAAUAUUCAAAUAGAGCACAGGUGUCAACAAUCUAAAUAUUCAAAUUGAGCACAGACGUCAACAAUCUAAAUAUUCAAACAGAGCACAGGUGUCAACAAUUAAAUAUUCAAAUAGAGCACAGGUGUCAACAAUCUAAAUAUUCAAAUAGAGCACAGGCGUCAACAAUCUAAAUAUUCAAAGAGAGCACAGGUGUCAACAAUCUAAAUAUUCAAAUAGAGCACAGGCGUCAACAAUCUAAAUAUUGAAAGAGAGCACAGGCGUCAACAUUCUAAAUA